CUUCGUUACCGGAAGCUGCGCGACUAUGUUCCGUUUCUUUCUUUUUUCGGAAAACACAGAAAAGAUCCUGCGAAAACAGAUUCUGUGAAAAGAUUACCACAAACAAGUUUAUCAACGUUCUGCACUCGAAACUUGUGCUAAAGGAGAGUUUUAAGGAGGAACAUCAUGUGGAAUGGUUCAAGACCUGGGCCACGAGGAGGGAUGCCCUUUCGUGGGGAACCUUGUGGAGGCAUGUUUGAAGGCAGAGAUGGUCCAAGAGCUGAUUUCAGAGGUCGAGAUGGCAUGAAUAUGGACAGGCCAUCCAUGGACAUGAGGCGGUUUGAUAGCCCACCAGAUAUGAGAGGACGAGACAUUGGUCUUCUUGACCGAGGACGAGAGCCCUCCCGAGACUUCUUCAGGCCUGGAGAUGACAUGGACAUUAAUUUUAGAAGACGCUUUGAAAUGGAUCAAAGAAACAACCUACAGAGUUCCCCAGGCUUUAUGGGGCAGUCUAGACCACCCAUAGAUAUUAUGAGGGGCCCGGAUGAUGGAUACAUGAAUAUGAGGGAAAGGGACAGGUUUGAAAUGGAUAUGCCAGGGCAUCCCCCCAUGGACAUCAGGAGAAGACUUAAAGUGGUUGCUAUGGUGGGAAAUGGAGAUCUUGGAGACAUAAGAGAGAGGGACAGGCCACGGAUGGGUGGCAUAGAUGGAUUCAGCAUGGACAUGCCUCCCAGAGACAGACCAGUGAUGGAUUUUGAAAGGAGGGGAGCUGCCCCUCCGCUUAAUCCAAGGGGAAGGUUUGACUCUGAUAUGGAUUUGAGAAACCGGAUGGGAUCCUCCGGUGAUUUUAGAGACCAGCCUCCUCAGAUGUUCCGAGAUGAUGAUGGCAUUCCUAUGGGUGCCAGGGGAAGACCUGAUAUGCCUUUAGGUCGUGGAGGCCCAGAAUCCAUGAUUAGAGCCGAAGAGCUGACCCUCAGGGACAGGGAAUUCCCAGAGGCGAUGGACAGCCCCAUGGGCUUCAGAGGGAGGGAAAUCGAUUCACACUCAGAUGAGUGGCGCAGCCAUGGUAUGAGAGACCGAGACACUCUUCCACCAGUGACGAGCAGGACACCUCCCCUUUUUCCAAGAGAGAUGAAAGAAAGGUUCUUUCCUAACCGUGGAAAAGAUGGAGACUUGAGUGAGCGUUCUCCGUUCAAAGACAGAGACAGGCAAUCUGGUGGGUUAAUAGGAAAAGAUAGCGCUGGCUUACCUCGAUCCGAAAGAGGUUCCAUGUCCCAAAACUGGGACAAAAAUGGCAGAGAUCUAGCUCAUGGUAAUCAGAAGCCCCCUGUCCUUCCAUUGGAACCCCCUCUAAAUGCACAAAGCCGAGAAGGUGAGAAACUCUGGCCAAGUGACCGAGAUGAAAAACCUGAUAGAAUUGUACCAACAGCUGGUAGACCUCCUUUAUUCCAAGACAAGAUCCCGCCAAAUCAAGAGCAUCGUUUGGCAAGUGAUCGAGUGAGCUUUAAGGGGUCCAGUGACAUGAAUCUAGAUCAGCGACCACAGAGAGAAAGUUUGAUGUCGGGGCCGAAGGAACCUCAGAGUAAAAGAGGGGAGCGACUGGAUCAGGAUUUCAUGGACAUUGACUACCGGACCAGCUCAGGACAGAAAUAUGACUACAAUCUUGCUGAUCUUCAAGGGCCUGAAAAAGAUGUGAACGAAUCUAAACUAGGCCCACCUCAAAGAUCAGAUGACUCCGGUUCUCAGGACCAGGAUUACAGGAGUGCAGGUGUCCAGGAUAAAGUCUCAAAAACCAUUUCCAUCUCUGGAAUCCCCAAAACUGCCACAAUGAAACAGAUUCUGAAUGCUUUUGCAGUCCGUGAUGGAGUGCCCAUGCAGGGCAUGAAGAUAAAGGAUGUCGUGCCAGGUUACAGCUUCGAUAUGGCCUAUGUGGAGUUUUUAAACCUCGAGGAUGCUGUCCACUUCAUGGAGUCCAACCAGGGCUCUGUUAAGGUUGGUGACAAGACUGCUCUGCUGAAAUAUAUCCAGCCUGACAAAAACUUAAAAGAACAGCAUCAUGAACCACCAGUUAAUGCUGCCCCAGCCAGCGAGGACAGUUUGUUACCAAAUCCAGUCCCACAACCACCACUCGGAGUAAAGGAGGAACCCUUUGCCAAGCCUGUACAGGACCCAGUCUCUCAAGGUGUUUGGCAGAGGAGUUCCAACUUAACUCCUGAAGCAUGGCAACAACAAGUGGACCAACAGUUACGACAGCAGGAGGCAGAGCAAAAAACUGAGGAGUGGGGCAGUCGGAGAACAUCACGACAAAACCUGCAACACUCUGAUCCAGUCUUUAAGGAGAGCAAGACGAUGAUUAUUAAGAACAUACUGCCCACCACCACCAUGGAGACCAUACUGCAGGCGCUUGAUCCGUUUGCCUACCUGGAUGAACGUAAUGUCCGACUGGUCAAAGGGAAGUCACCUGGAUCCAAAUGCUUCUGCUUUGUCGAUAUGGAUUCGCAUGAGCAUGUGACCCGAUUAGUGGAUCUGCUCACCAAACCCCGUCCAAUCAUGAUUGAUGGGGUCAGAGUAUAUGCUGAGGUAGCCAAGCCUCUGAAGAACCAGAACUAUAGGAGGGACAAUGAAAAGUCAAACACUUCUCUCCUGGGAUUCCCUCCAGAUAUAAUGAUGCAAAAACAACAACAAAAUCAAUAUCCGCAGCAGCAAUACUAUCCUCAGCCUCAUACAGCUAUGGGCAUUGCACCUGCCAUACAAGGUGACACGACGAGAGUAGACACCAACUUGUCCUCUGCUGCUAUUCUGAGUUCAAGCUUAGCUCAGGACAUUAUGUAUUCCGAGACAACAGCAAUGGCGCAGCCAGUCCAGACAGCAGAGCACCAGACUGCAGCUUUACCUGAACCUGCUCUCCCUGGACCUCUCCCUGCAGAUACCCAUGAUGCUUACAUCUACGAAUCUGAUGCUCCAGAUUUGUCUGCCUUCCUUUAUGAUGCAACUUCUGGCUUCUAUUACGACCCUCAGACAACCCUGUACUAUGAUCCAAACUCAAGGUAUUUCUACGAGGCUCAGAAUCAGCAAUACUUGUACUGGGACAGUACCUCCAAGACCUACAUCCCAGUCCAAAGCUCCUCCAUAGACGUUCAGGAGCCAGCCCCCGAAGUUAGUGUUCCCGUGGCAGCUGUUGGUAAGGUAAUUGCCACGCCCAUCACAGAGGAGGAAGUAAAGCAAGCUGUAGAGACCAUGCCAGAUAUGCGGGUGGAGGAGGAACCUGCCCCAAGAGCCGAAAAGAAAGAGAAGGAAAAGGAGGAGAAGCCCAAAAGUUUAGCAGCAUUUAAGAUAAUGAAAGACAUGGAGCGAUGGGCAAAAAUCCAGAACAGGCAGAAAGAGAUUGUCCGAGCGCCUUCCCCUGUCCUCAAGUCUGGAGGAGAUGACCAAAAGCCUUCCAAGGCUGCUGAUGCAGCAUAUGCCAUCUUUGAAAGGAAGGUCGGUGGAGACGAUUUAUUCAAGAAGCCUCUUGCCUCUGCAAAGAAAGAGGAAAAGUUGUCAAAGCGCCCCAUGGGCUCUCUUGGAAUGUUGGCGGCUGAUUAUGGGGCUGGCAGCGACGAAGAGGAAGAAGAGAAACACGAGAAGCAGGAAGCCCUGCGGCCCGUCAAUAACCAGUCACAGGUGGAGAAGGAAGAGAGGUUGACAGACUGGAAGAAAAUGGCAUGUCUGCUGUGCAGGAGACAGUUCCCCAAUAAAGACGCUCUGAUCCGCCACCAACAGCUCUCAGAUUUGCACAAGCAAAAUAUGGAGAUACACACGAAAAUUAAAAGAUCAAAGCGAGAGCUGGAGGCUUUAGAAUACCAGGAAAAAGAGUUGACAAUUAGGGAAUCAAACGGUUCACCUGAAACAAAAAGAAGAAAGCAGCAAAACACAUGGGCCGGCAGCUCAAGGGGCAGUCAUAAAGGCAGUGAGAGACCAGGUUUAGGUCUAGAAACUACUGAGCGGAAGAAAAAAGAGUCUGUCGUCUGGGAUCAUGCUACAUACAAGCAGGCAGUUCGGAAGGCCAUGUUUGCACGUUUUAAUGAGCUGGACUGAAAGUAAAAUAAUGAACAACAAAACAAAGGAAAUAGUGAAUACACAUGCACACAAACAGUGAUGAACUAUUCUGUUGGCAGCUCAUUCCAGGCUUUUUGAACUGGCAUACAAUUCCAUAUUGUAUCUAACCCUUAAUUUUGUGGAUAUGGUGAUGUGUGCUUGUAAAAAAAAUGUUUUACUCUUUCCUGUGUUUAUUCAUCCUGUUUUUCUGGCUCUAUUUUUCAGGGCUUUUUAAAUAUUACCUAAUUUGACAAUUCACUAUUGUUUAAUUUUAUGUAGUUAAUGUAUGUACUAUUCAUUUGUACAAUAAAAUAUUUGUGCUAAAGAGCCUAAAAACACAACAUUACUGUGGUUAUUA